AGGCGAGCGCUGAUUGGCGGACUGGAGCCGCGGGGCGUGGGGCGCGAUGUCUGGUUUUGGGCGGGAAUUGAAACCGCCAGCGCCGCUCUCCUGCUCCCGAACGCUACAGCUCUAGGGUGAGGAAGGGCACCAUGGUGCGCCCUAGCAGAAAUAAAAAACCAGUCAAUUACUCACAGUUUGAGGACUCUGGUGAUGAUUCUGAUGAUGAUUUUAUUGCGGCAACCAUGCCUAGAAACAAAAAAUCCAAAACCUUGCCAAAGGAGUUAAAGCAAGACAAACCAAAACCUAACUUGAAGAUUCCCCAGAAAGAAGACAUCCUACCAGCGAAAGUCCCUAAAAAAAGGAUGGCUUUAGAUGACAAGGUCUUCCAGCGAGGCCUAGAAGUUGCCCUGGCUUUAUCUGUGAAGGAACUUCCAAAAGUCACCAACCAAGUACAGAACUCUCAAGAGAAACGCACUGACAAGCAAGGUGAUAGGAAAACAGAAAUAAUGGAUAAGUCUCCUCCUGUCUCUACCUGCAGUGUAACCGGUGAUGACUCAGAAGAUUUGGACAAGGUCCUGGAGGAGGGGGAUGCUGGCAGUGUUGAAGGGGAAAGAAAAACAUGUAAAACCGAGGCUCAGUGGAAUAGGGUGCCUUCAGAAAGCAGUGCUGGUGACACUGAGCCGGACAGCGCAACUGGUGAAGAUUCAGAAAAUGAUUCUAAUUUUGAGGAGAGUGAAGGAAGUGAUGAGGACUUUGCAGUGAGGAAAGGUAAAGCCGGAGAAAAGAAGAAAGCAGUGCAGAGAAAACCCACGGUAGAGAAAGAAAAGCAAUCAAAACAAAAAAAGGAGACCUCAGUAGGUGUGGCUCCAGCUGCCAUCAAGUCACGAUCUCCAUCCUUACCCGAGGCAGUUGGACUUUCUUCAGAGGCCAUUAGGAAACCAGCAAAGAUGUGCAGCCCUUCAGCUGAAGGCAAGAGGCCCAAGUGGGUCCCCCCAGCCGCCUCUGGAAGCAGAAACUCCAGCAGUAGCCCGCUGGCAGGAGCAUCCACCAAGUCCCCAAGUCAGAGCCUCCGCUUGGGCCUCUCCAGACUAGCACCAGUUAAGUGUUUGCAUCCAAAUGCCAUAAGUAGCCAAGUGCGGUAGCAGGAAAGAACCCGUGGGACCCUCGGUCCUGCAAGCCGGUUGUUGUAUUCAACUUGUACAUGGUGGAGCCCUUUAAGGAGUCCCAUGAAGGAUCUCUGCCUGUUUUGUGUUUUUUUUUCCUUUUAAAGUAUUUUUAAGAAAGAAAGCAGGGCCUUGGAAGUUUUGGGUUUUUUCCUUCCCUGUUGUAAAUUCAUAUUGUGGUGGUUUUGAUGGGUUGAUGAAGAGCGCAUGUCAUCUGUUGGUGGCAUUGCCCGCUGUGGGUGGGCAGGGCCUGCUCCUCUGCUUGAAGGUGACCACGUUUAAAUUCUGAGACAGGAAGUGGAGGGUGAGCAGGUCACGGCGGCCUGAGUUUAGCUUUUCCUUUGCUGUCCUUGUCAGUCUUCUGCUUCUUGUUGUCAACAUCAUCAUCCUCAUCGUCUUCAGCUACCCGGUUCCCAUAGGAGCCUCGGCUUCCUCAUCUUCAUCUCCAUCCUCUUCCUCACCAUCACCUUCUUCCUCUUCUUCAUCUACCUCAAUGUCGGCCUCCUGCUCCCCGUUUUCCUCAUUAGCAUUGCCAUUGGCAGGUGCGUCUCUUCCAUUCUCUUCCUCCUCCACAACUUCCUUCUUCUCCUUCAAGUCCUUGGUGGUGAUUUCGGAGCUGGUGUCCAUGGCCGAGUCUGACAUGGUGGGGCACUCUGGUGAUCCGCUGCAGCGAGGGCGGGCAGAAUUGAGUUUGAGGACUCUGGCGAGAGAGCUGCUGGAGUCCGCUGUGGAGGAGGAGGAAGCAGGCAAGUGGGCCGCGAAGGCGGCUGCAGCGGCUGCCGAGCAGGACUGGGAACAAUGCCAUUUGUGAUUCUGGUCUUAAUGCUUUUCUGUCUUUUAGCAAAGAGUUCUUGGGGCUCUCCUCAUGCCACUCCUGGCACAUCUGUAGUUACAUGGUAUGUCUCCCAACUCUGUCUGGUGUACAGCACCCUAACUGAACUGUUCAAAGUGUCUGGCAAGUGGGCAUCUGGGCUCCUUCAGGAGGGAUUUCUGAAAUUUUUCUCAUCUCCAUGUUUCUUUAGGUUGAUACUAGCUUGCUGUUUAUCCAGGUCUUCCUUUGUAAGAAUUCUUCUGUGUGCAUAUUAAAAUGAUGACUAUAUUGUAGCAUGUGUCCCCUACAUGGGAACAGAUGGUUAUCUACAGCAGAUAGAAUUUAAAAACACUUUAUGAACUUUUCGUUGUCAAAAUUUAAAUAAAAAUAAAAAUAUUAAAAGUGUGUUCUUUGAUACUAUGUAUCUGUCAUUUGGUAAAAUGAGUCCUCCAUGGUCAGUGUAAGCCAGGGGAUGCAGUGUCUUCAUCACUGCAGAUUAGCCAGAGCCCAGAAGACUGGCUGUCAGCUU